CUCUGGGACAGGCUCUCAGUUCUUCCAAGCUUCUGGAAGCAGAGCCACUGCUGGCCAUUGAGCUCCCACCUUCCGUGCCUGGGUGCCAGUCCCCUUUCUCUGGCAGCCAUGAACCAAGCCUUCUGGAAAGCUUACAAGUCCAAAGUGCUACAGACUCUGAGUGGAGAAUCUGAAGAGGACCUGGCAGAGGAGAGGGAGAGCCCAGCUUUGGUGGAGUCUGAGACCGCAGAACCCACGGAGGAGAUGUUCAACCCCAUGUCACAGCUGGCCCGCAGGGUUCAGGGGGUCGGGGUGAAAGGCUGGCUGACAAUGUCAUCUCUGUUUAACAAAGAAGAUGAGGACAAACUGCUGCCACCAGAGCCCUGUGCUGAUCACCCACUGGCUGCGCCCCCUUCCACCCAGGCGGUCGCCCCCGAGACCGAGCCGCGCGGACCAGGAUUCUGGGACGCGUUCGCCAGCAGGUGGCAGCAGCAGCAGCAGGCGGCGGCGUCCAUGCUGCGCGGCGCGGAAACCACCGCGGAGCGGAACCCGGAGUCCCAGGACGACAAGCCUGCCGAGGAGGCCACCGAGUGCCCCGAGACACGGGAGGCGGAUCCCGCGGCAGGCUUCAAGUGGGGUUUCCUCACCCACAAACUGGCAGAGAUGAGGGUGAAGGCCGCGCCCAAGGGCGACUAG